CAUCAGUUGUUAGGGCUGAAAGAAGAAGAAUACACGAGUUAUUUGUCGUUUCCACCAUGGCUUCUCGCAAAACGUGUCUGUAUUUAGUUGUAUUUAUGUUGGAUACUUACGCUGUCGUGUACAGCGAUGACGCACCUGCUUCUGGUGCUUUUGCGGUGAACUCGCCUGUGUUUAAGCCCGCUGCGAGCUCCGUGUUCUCCGUGAACAUGCUGUCUUCUUUCCCUGAAGACCUGGAGAUAAGUGACUACUGCAACGACCUGCUCCACCUGUUUGGACAGCGGUACGUCGUUUAUGUGAACUGCCUGGUGCCAGCUGCUCGACCUGUCAAAGUGUGUCAGAACUGCUACUCCAGCUACGACAACCUCACAGAGACCUAUGAGAACAUCUCAGACCAGAUGGGUCCUGGUAAUGAGACCUGCAGGGACAGCCUUCUGCGUAGUGAUCGCCUAAUGCUGGUGUAUGUGCUGUACAGCAAUUUGGAAGACCUCUGGACAAAAUCAGACUGUAAAUCUUGUAUCACUAAAGGAUAUGAGAGCCUGACCAAUGACACUCUGUACUUCAUGGACAUCCUUAACCACACUCUCUCCUGCUUUGAGAAGUAUUCACCGGGGAACCAUACAGAGCUCUGCAAAAGCUGUAAGAACACGUACAGUCAGCUGAACGACCUGUACAGCGGCAUGGAAAAGAAUCAGACCUUGUGUAUCGACUUAGAGGACGCGAUGAAUGUGACACGCAGACUGUGGAGUAAGAACUUCAAUUGUUCGUUCCCUCGCAAGGAGACGGUGCCUGUCAUCGCCGUGUCUGCCUUCAUGCUCUUUCUGCCCAUCAUCUUCUACUUGAGCAGCUUCCUUCACUCGGAACAAAAGAAACGCAAGCUCAUACACCAUACGAACAAAUACGCAAAUAUGAACAUUCAGGACAAACAGAACUGAAGAAGAGACGGAUGAUGACUAUGAAUGGAGGUCGGCCGUCGUCAUUUCAAAGUUUCAACCCUGGAGAAGAAUGACUUCACCGUCUUGUGCCUGAGGUUUGAAUGACUUCAAUGAAUGUUGAGGACUCAACAGUAUUGCACUUUACCAAUUAGUAUUCAGAGGAUUUUGAGGAUCUAGAUAAAUGAAAACGAAAGUAAAAGACUCCUGGCAUUACAACUUUUGAUUUCAUUUCCUUCAAACCAUCUUCCAUAAUACAAUGAAUUAUGCUGGAACACUGAUUUUCAGAGAAUUUUAGCAGUAAUUAACAUAUGAAAAUAAUAAAUUAUUCACAGUGAAUGUUUGAAUCCUCUACUUCACAGUUUAUUAUCGGCUUUAUUUAAUGACAUUUGGAUCUCCACACAGCGGGACCAGAAGUGUAUAUCGAUUUUUUUAAGAGUGUGAACCAGAUGUUUGCUCACGUAGCUACAUGGUACACUCCUAAAUCCUCACACAGAUCUCAACCUCUCCUGCCUUUCGACUCAUUAGCAAUCUGAAUCCUGCUGUCUGAGACGUGCGUGCGUGCGUGCGUGUGUGUGUGUGGUGUGUGUGGUGUGUGUGGUGUGUGUGCUUGUGUGCUUGUGUGCUUGUGUGUGUGUGUGUGUGUGUGUGUGUGUGUGUGUGUGUGUGUGUGUGUGUGUGUGUGUGUGUGUGUGUGUGUGUGUGUGUGUGUGUGUGUGUGUGUGUGUGUGUGUGUGUGUGUGUGUGUGUGUGUGUGUGUGUGUGUGUGUGUGUGUGUGUGUGUGUGUGUGUGUGUGUGUGUGUGUGUGUGUGUGUGUGUGUGUGUGUGUGUACUCUAUAUGGGUUGAGUAAUGUUUUUUUCUGUCUCUAAUGUACCAAUGUCCCGAAAAGAGCUGCAAAAAAGAAGCACUUGAUGUCCAUUAGUGGUGACAUGUAUCUGCUGUAAGAAAGGAGGGGGGGAGGGGGGGGUGCACAUUUGUUGGGAGGGGGAUGGGGCAUAUAAAGACAUAACACACAUACUUUAAGAGCACUCCAAAUCACCACACUGUGAUGUUACCGGUUUUCCAGUUGUUUUUCUGCUGUUGCAUUAAGCUUCUAAUGUGCUUUGUUGUCGUUUCCCACUGCUGUUUAACUUAAUUUGUUAAGGGUUUGCGACUUCUCAUGAUGUUGAAUUCUCCUCUUUCAUGAGUAAUGAAUUGAUGAAGAAUAACCCUUUAACUAAAGCAUUCGCUGUAAAGUUGUUUCAAGACUAAUUCUUCUUCAUAAAUAAACCUGUGUAUGUCAGAAACA